CUCCAGAUACUGACCUCAUCAGACAGCAGUGGAACCAGAAGGUUCACGUUUAUAGUCGUGCAAAAUUUGGUGCUCUCAGAUCUACUGUGCAAAGAAAAUGAAAUGUUACUGUUUGUGAUUUUCUUCGUGGCUUUUGUCUGUGGAGUGCUGCUCUUCUGUGUCCAUCACUGGCUGAAAACUCGUCGGAUUCAUUCCACAACACGCACCAUGGCUGUUUUUGCUGUUGGAGAUUUGGACAUCAACUGUGGGACAGAAGGAGCUGUAAGUCCAACGGUUGGAUUUCACUUUCAAACUCAAAAGCCAGCAUGUCAUCCCAUUCCAUGUUUUGGCACACUCGGCCCUCCACCUUCAUAUGAAGAUGUUCUGAAGAACCGGGUGUAGAUCUGGGUCAUCUACUGAGAAUAUUGGAAAUAUCUGCAAUCUUCAACCAUCAAUUUAAGCACAGUUCUUUUAUUUAUGGAAAUUUCUAAAAUUCUAUUAAUAUAUUCUGAAAAGGAUAAGUAGAUAAAAGAAUGGAUGCAGGAGUUUUGAUCAUGGAGAUGUUUUAGUGAUGAAGUGGUAGACCCUUGACAUGCUACUGCUGUGCUAUAAUUUGGUAUUAUAUAACCAGGUAAAUACUUCUUCAUUCAUUCUCAAAAAGCAAGAAUGAGGUAGGGUUGGAAUCACCUCCAUUUAAAUUUGGGAUUCCUCAGCAUGACCCAAAGUGGUAUUGUCUGCUCCCAACCCUACAUCUACAUCUGAUCUCUUCCCUAGUGCAGUGUCAAUAGUAAUUAUCAUAAUUUACUAGUAGCAUAAGCAGAAAUUCAGACACAUUCAGUCCUGGAACCAGAAAGACAAAAUGUUUGAGUUCAGGUAAAAGGAGAGGUAAGUGGAGAAGGAAAAGUGAUUACAAGUUUCACUCCAAGAAGUUUUAUACCUAAGCCCAAAGAGGAAGAAACUGUAGACAAAAUCUGAAGGAAUUGAGUAAAACAUGGAGCAUUAUAAUGCUAAUAUGGGGAACGAGAGGAAAUUCCCAUUUUUUUGUGUUAAUGUGUCUUCCACAGACUACUGCUUUUCUGCAGUCCCUUGAGGCUGGGCAUAAUAAGAAACUUGGCAUAGACAUUGUUCUUACUGAGCACUCUACAGAUGUAAUAACAAGAUCCAUGCAAAGAACAUUUGGACAGUGGCAGGACAGGGAAAAGCAUCCAUAUCUGAUGCCACAUGCUUUUCAGUAAAUUUCUCAUAGAAAGCUAUUGUUGUAUCCUCUUUAUUAUCAAUAGAUCUGAAGUUUAACUUGACCAAACUUAGCUCCUAAUCUUUUCAGACCUCUUUUAGCAAAAGCUCGUUUAUCUUAACUAAUGAUAACUACACCAAUUCUGUUGCUGAGGUUAGAGAACUUGAGUCUUCUCUUCCUGUUAUUUUCUACAGUAUUCUUUUUAGGAAGGCUUGUUGACUCUGCUUUUAGUAUAAAGCUAAACCCCAAAGGAUACCUGCCUACUAUACCUCUAGAAAGACAAUCAGCAUUAGUUAGUUUUUGUCUGGCUACUGCAAUAGCAUUUAACUGGUCCAUUUUCUCCAGCCUUUGCCUCCUAUUUUCAAUUUAUAAUAGAGUAGCUAUAGUAAUUGAGAUAAACUUUUAAAGAGCAGUUUCAGGUCCAGAGCAAUAUUAAGCAGCUGGUACAGCAAUUUCCCAGAUACCUCAUAUAUAUAUAU